ACCCUGAAGCUCACCAUGCUCCGAUUGCUGAGUCCCCUCCUGUUUGUGGCCCUUGCCUCAGGCUAUGGCCAGACUUCUUUCCACCCCUCCAGCCGGGUUGUUAACGGUGAGGAUGCUGUUCCCUACAGCUGGCCCUGGCAGAUCUCCCUUCAGUAUGAGAAGGAUGGGAAGUUCAGCCAUACCUGUGGUGGCACCCUCAUCACCCCUGACUGGGUUUUGACUGCAGGCCACUGCAUCUCGAGCUCCCGCACCUACCAGGUGGUGCUGGGUGAGUAUGAUCGUGGUGUGUAUGAGGGCCCUGAGCAGGUGAUCCCCAUCAAUCCCGGAGACCUCUUUGUCCACCCCAAGUGGAACUCCAACUGUGUGAGCUGUGGCAAUGACAUCGCCCUGAUCAAGCUCUCCAGAAGUGCUCAGCUGGGAGAUACUGUCCAGCCUGCCAAUCUGCCCCCUGCCGGUGACAUCCUGCCCAACGACGCACCCUGCUACAUCAGUGGCUGGGGCCGUCUCUCCACUGGUGGGCCUCUCCCUGACAAGCUCCAGCAGGCCCUGCUGCCCGUGGUGGACUACCAACACUGCUCCAGGUGGGAUUGGUGGGGCUUCUCCGUGAAGAAGACCAUGGUGUGCGCUGGUGGGGACGCCCAAUCUGGCUGCAACGGUGACUCUGGAGGACCCCUCAACUGUCCCACUGAGAAUGGCACCUGGCAGGUCCACGGUGUGACUAGCUUCGUUUCUUCCUUGGGCUGUAACACCCUGAAGAAGCCCACGGUGUUCACCCGAGUCUCAGCUUUCAAUGACUGGAUCGAGGAGGUAAGGCUGCAGAGGCCUGGGGCCUGCAAGGGCCUUUAA